UGGAGCCAUGGUGUUCUGGACGCCAGUGCUGGGAGCCCUGCUAUUGGCUGUGUUCGGGUACCUAUGCCUUUUACAACUGCUCCGGCAACGCAGACCCCAUGAGCCCCCUCUGGACAAAGGCCCUGUGCCCUGGCUGGGCCAUGCCAUAGCUUAUCGGAACAAUAUGCUUGAAUUCCUGAAGCGUAUGCGGGCCAAACACGGGGACGUGUUCACGGUGCAACUGGGAGGCCAGUACUUCACCUUUGUCAUGGAUCCCUUUUCCUUCAGCCCCAUCCUCAAGGAAGCACGGAAAAAGCUAAACUUCGUCCAAUUUGCCCAAAAACUGGUGCUGCAGGUAUUUGGAUAUCAGUCGAUUGAGGGAGAUUUCGAAAUGAUACACUCUAACAGCCUCAAGCAUCUCAAGGGGGUCGGUUUGGAGGAGCUCAAUGAAAUUAUGCUGGACAAACUCUCCCUUUUUAUCCUGGAGCCCCUGGGCCAGAAUCCAGACUCUGGUUGGCACGAGGAUGACCUCUUUGACUUCUGCUACAAGGCCUUGUUCAAAGCUGGCUACCUGAGCCUCUUUGGCUACACCAAAGACAAGAAACAGGACCAGCUCCAGGCGGAAGAGCUCUUUAAGGAGUUCCGCAAGUAUGACCGCAUGUUCCCCAGGUUUGUUUUCUCUUUGUUGGGGCCCCGGGAGUGGCGAGAGGUCCGCCGGCUCCAGCAUUUCUUCUACAAGGUACUCUCUGUACAGCACAACCUGGAGAAGGAUGGUUUGAGCGCCUGGAUCUUAGACAUGCUUCAGUUUCUCAGGGAACAUGACGUCAUAGCAGACAUGCAGGACAAGUUCAACUUCAUGAUGCUCUGGGCCUCUCAGGGGAACACGGGGCCUAGCUCAUUCUGGACACUCUUGUUCCUCCUAAAGGACCCAGAGGCCUUGCAGGCCGUGAGGAAAGAGGCCAUCCAGGCUCUGCGGGAGGCCAGCCAGGACGGUCAGCCAAGCUUGGACAAGGUGGUCAGCAUCCUGAAGCACACCCCUGUGCUGGACAGCGUGCUGGAGGAGUCUCUGCGGCUGGGCACUGCCCCCACCCUCUACAGGCUGGUUGAAGAGGACUAUACUCUCAAGAUGGCCAGCGGGCAGGAGUUCCUGAUCCGCCAGGGAGACAUAUUGACACUCUUCCCUUACCUCCCCGUGCACAUGGACCCCGAGAUCCACCCUGAGCCAGGUACCUUCAAGUUUGAUCGUUUCCUCAAUCCCAACGGCACCCGCAAAGUGGACUUCUACAAGGGCGGCAAGAAGGUCCACCACUACACCAUGCCAUGGGGUGCAGGCGUGUCCAUCUGCCCUGGCAGGUUUUUUGCCCUCAGUGAGAUAAAGCUCUUCAUCCUCAUGAUGGUUCUGCAUUUUGACCUGGAGCUGAUAAACCCGGAUGCACCUGUGCCUCCCAUAGACCCCCAACGCUGGGGCUUUGGGACCACCCAGCCCAGUCAUGAUGUGCGCUUCCGCUACCGGUGGAGGCCCAUCCUGUGAGCUCAAUCACAUAGUGGAACACCUGACCUGCAGGACUCCAUUGGGGUCACUGUGCCUCUUAACCCACUGAAGCCCCAGACCUCCACUAGCCACCGUUCAUCUGGUCUGGGGACGGCCCCACACCCCACCUCUUGCUACUUGGAUGGCCAAAGAAGCAUUUUCUGGAAGGGCCUGGCUGCCUCUCAGGCUCAGCAACUCCAUGCCACCUCAAAUUUCAGUUUUGCCAAGUCCAUUCUCAAAUGUUCAACCAGGCAUUUGACUUUGCCAGCUUCCUCUAACCGAACUGUUCAGAAAGUAACAUUUUUUGCUUUAACUGCUUACCCCCUAUUGGCUACUCCUAAGAGCCUUCUAGAAUCUUUGCCCUCCCAUCCUCUGGAAGUGGCCUUCAUCCGGGAUACCACCAGCAUGGUAGGUCUCACAGAUGAUCUGUCAUGCCUUGCUUAUGUAUCUUCUUUUCCUAGGGCUUUGGUUUCUUAUUCCUUCACCACUGGAGUCCCAUUUCUUAAGUGUGGAUUAAACUGCAGGAACACGAUUUCCA